UGGUGCCUAUCUGGAUGACCAUGAUGAAGUCUCUUCUGCUGUUCGCCUCUGUAGUGGCCGUCUCUUUGGCCAAGUGUCCCGACCUCAAAUCUCUGGACGAAUUCGACGCCACGCAGUACACCGGCCAGUGGUACGAGAUCUCGCGGUACCCCCUGAUCGGGGAACUCGGCGAGACCUGCGUCCAGACCAACUACACCCUGAAAGAGGACGGCACCAUCCGGCUGGAGAACCGCGGGAAGAAGCCGGACGGCAGCAUAGACUCCAUCAUGGCCACCGCCACCGUCAAGGACCCGGCGCACCCGGCCUCCCUCAGCGUCGUCUUCGACGAGGGCUUCCGCGGCAGCUACAACGUCAUCCGCACCGAUUACACGCAGUCGGCGCUCGUUUACGCCUGCGACAGCUUGCUCGGCUUCAACGUGGAGUAUGCUUGGAUCCUGUCCCGGACGGCCGAGCUGGACCAGAGCACGCAGGACGAGUAUGUGAAGCUGAUGGCCGAUGCCGGCUCCGCCACCAACAAGCUGACGGUUACGCCGCAGGACUGCGGCAGUGUUUUUUAGGCCGGCCGGUGUCUGUUGGCACUCAGGCAGCCGACGUUGGUCUAUCGGGUGUGUUGCCUGAUUCGAUUUAGAUACAAUACACAUAAUGCACUUAAUGGUA